AUGGCAUGGACAUUGCAAGCCGCCUUCCUCUGUCUUCUGCUAAAACCCAGCUUGGUCAAGGCUGAUUUUCAGACAGCUGUUGGUAAUAUAGACCACGCCUCUCACGCUAUUAGGCUGCUAUUUUCAGAACGCAAGAAGUUUUAUGUGGCUGGAGGUACAUUCGAGGAAGACCCCCUUUUGAUAAAGAACUCCGGAUUACCAUUCAAGUGUGGAGAAGUACAAACUAGAAAAAAUUCCCAAGAGAUAUUUUCCCUGGAGCGGAACAUUUAUUACGAGAGACUUCCAAAAAAAUGGUUGAAAACUUACUAUGACAUGAAAACAGGAAAAUCGCCAGAAUAUCAGUCUCCCAACUUCAUGAAUGCCUCCAGACACCAAGGAGACAGAACGAUAUAUUCAGGAACAAUAUAUCUCUUGUUGUCGGACUGGAACACAUGUGCUCUGUUUUACCAUAAAACUACAGAUGACUGCGAGCUUUGGGAAAAGAAGCGUCCGGGGCGCGAUGGAAUGCCGUCUUCUUUCUGCUCAAGAUAUAUUACCGCAUGCAACGCCAAAACUGUCAAUUAUUACUUCAACUAUAUCGAGUGCCACACCUAGUAGUUAAAGUG